GUUGGGUGUACGCAUGCCUACGCUACCGUUAAUGGCGGCUGAGUUUUGAUGACUGUAGUCACCUGUGGGCGCGGAGCGGAAUAGUUUGGAUUUGAGUCACCGCGGACAUUGUACUUGUUCAAAAAGUCUGCACCGGUCCCGGCUCACAGACAUCUACAGAUUUAUCGAGAGAACCAGGAGAAGCAGGUUGUCACAAUGGCGUCGGAAGAAGAAGAGAUCGUGAUGACACCUUCAAAGAAGGGCAAGGCCACUUAUAUCAAAAUGGAGAGGAAUAAAAAGGUCGACGAUCCAUCGUCGCCACAAGUUGCCCAUGUGGCCGGAGGUCAACACAAAGGAAUCGUCAUCAACAAGAAACAGGAUGGUGCAGGCGAAGAGAUGUACGGAAAGCCGCAGCUACAGCUAGGGUUCAUGUGCUUCUUGGUGGAUCAGAAGACGGGGCAACAUUAUGUGGAAAGUAGGAAACUGAAGUUCUGGUACCAGGAAAAUACAGAUUACUACCAUCAAGUGACAACAGCUUAUGACUUCUUCAAAGAGCUUGUCAGACCAGAGAACUUCCCCCGAGAUUAUAUUGGGUUCAUCAAGAAGUGUAUGAAGCAGAUGCAGGGGGAGAAGUUCCGCAUGGCCAGGAAGGUGGACCUGGAGAUCGAGAAGUUGGAGGAAGGAGAGGCCCCAAUGAGCCCAGGCAGGACUAUCUCGCUGGACCAGCUAGGAGAAGAUGGGUUUGAUGGGUUUGGUCUGAUGCGAGAAGACACGAGGCCGACAGAGGAGAUUGUCCGUGAGAAGAUUCUGACUGUGCUUGAAUCUGCCUACCCCAACGUCUUGGCGGUGGAGGACCUUGUCAGAAUUACGGCCUCAGAAGAGGUUAUGGUCACAGAGCAGCUGAAAAGUUUGUAUGAUAAGGAACUUGUGAAGGAGAUGGAAAAUGGAGGAAUCGUGAGACAGGUGCUUGAUACAAAGACAGAGGUGAAGAUGGUGAAACAGAUGCCCACCAUUGCCUCUGGUCAGCAACCCACCAUCGCCAUCAUUACUGCCAUGUACUGUGAGAAACUUGCCAUCGACGCCAUGAUGGAGAACAAGACCACCUACAUGAAGUACAAGACUGAAGGUGAAUCCAACGUAUACACAAUUGGGUAUAUUGGAGAGCACAAGGUCGUGUCCACUAAACUUCCAGCCAUAGGACAUUUCAGGGCUGCUCAGAUUUCUUCAGGAAAUUCCACGACCAGACUUCUUGGAUCAUUCCAGAACAUUGAACACGUGUUCGUUGUGGGUGUAGCUGGUGGCGUGCCACACGUUACUGAUUACAGCAAACACAUCCGUCUGGGUGAUGUCGUAAUCUCCCGUAGCAACGACAAGGGCUACAUCUAUUACUUCUGUGAGAAGAUUGUGCAGGAUCGCGAGCAACAAGUCCACUACAACCUCAAGAACUGGGCUCCGAGGGACAUGGUCCUACAAAGGAUUGCUGAGCGCAUUGAAGAAUCCCACCAGACUAACCCUGAUUAUGCCCCUUGGGAGGAGUACAUCCGAGAAGGUCAAGAGCUGCUGAUGGCCCAAGAAUCCAACUUCGCCCGCCCACAACCUUCAUCUGACCGUCUGUACAUCAACGUAGGUGAAGGUCAGGUCAUAGAAGUCCAGCACCCAGAACCAACUGAUGGCGUCAUUGCUCGUCACGACGUACCGAGAUUGCAUUUUGGAGUGUUUGCAUCGGGAGCCCGAGUUGUGAGGAAUGAUUCCACCAAAUUAGACUUUGCAACAAAGUAUGGCAUUUGCGCCUUUGAUACAGAAUUUGAUCAAGUUUUAGAUUCAAUCUGUGGAAAUGUGAAGGAUAGUUUCAUGUUUGUCCGGGGAAUCGCUGAUUACCGGGAUGGGUCCAAGGGAAAGGAAUGGGCGUCUUAUUCCUCCCUGGCUGCAGCUUCCGUCGUUAAGACCAUCAUUAAAUCAUUGAAAAAUCGCCAACUUGAUGAUAUGUAGGUGCUUACCCUUGAUCAAUCAUAACAUGCAAUCAUAGAAUAACAAUUACCUAAUUACCUGAAUUUGGUGAAAAUUGGUGCUUUGGCGAGUUUUUUAUUUCAUGAUAUCUUCAUGUGGCUAUGUUUAAGAUUUUUUGCAUAAUAUAAAAUAAAAAUAGGUUGUUUCCCUGUAACCAUUGCAUGAAAUUUCUGAGCAGAUGCUUCCUAUGAUGUCAGUUAAGUAUUGUAUUGUAAUGUGAAUAGUAUCAUUCAGGUAUGUUUUUUUUGGUUUUUUAAAUAUAAAUGUACACAAAGAAACCCACAAAUAAUAUCAGUUGUACAAAUUCUCGAACUGAAUGGACCAGUGUUACCAAUAUCUAUAUUUACCGGUAAUUCGGUUUUAGCAUCUGUUCUGUAGUUAAGAGGGACAAGUCGGUACUUUGUCUUCCAAGGCAAUUUUCAGUGAAAUGACUGUAUGAAGUACAGGCUACAUAUCAUGAUAAUUCCACUGUAUUUUGUUGCAAAAUUAUUUGUGAAACAAAGUACUGAUGUUGCCUUUUUCCACAAUUUCUGUUCAUUUCAUGUACAAUCCAGAAAAAUUUCAAAAUUAAUGCCUACACAAAUAUGUAAUAUUUCCAAAUUCAGGCAUUGUAUUUGGUAGAUAGAUAUAUAUAUAUGUAUACAUUAAUCAUUAAAAGCCUGCGUGAUCUUGCCAAAGCACCCAUGUAUUUUACCAGAUCAUCCUGACCAUUAACAUUCCAUCAUUCCCUGCCUUUCACAGCCACCUAUGCAUUGUAUAUUUAAUCCCAGUAAUAAUACCGUCAUAAGUGCUCUAUUUUUGGUGUCUUACUGAUCUGUAAUGCCUGGGUGUAGAGCUAGGAAGAGCACGUUCUGCUUGUGUGUAUGCGGUAUGCCACGACUGUCAGCUUCUCAUGUCAUGUUCUCCAGAUUGUAUGAUGUAGAAAUCAUCCAUUCUUUUGUUAAGCGAGACCAUAUUGAUGUAUUCUAAGGAUGGAUUCAGAAAAAUAUACUAGUAUAAACCCUGUAAAAGGUCAUUUGUGGGAGAGAGAGUGCUUUGAAUUAUCAUGAAGAGGUAUAAUAGAUUAGAAGUUAUGAAAACAUGUGAUCCAGUAAUUUCACUCCACAUCAGACAUCACCCUUCACAGUGAUAAGUAAGCGAGACCAAGAUGGAAGAAUACCUUAGACACCAGGAGAGUCUUGAGUUUAGCCCAGGUGUUAAAGUGUUGAUCUGUCCUGCAUCUGGCUGGUUUCAUUCCCUGGGUGUCCUGGUCAUGCUUGUUACCUCCCUUGUCAAGAUAUCAUUAGUUGUUCAGUACUAAGUGUUACCCCGAGAAACCAUGGUUACAAAGUAGGCUUUGACUGAUUACAAUUCUGAUAAGUUCUGACUGGUCAAAUUGUCUGUCUUGCUACAACUUGAGAGAUAUUUAUCUGGUUGAGAUGUUGUUAUGUAGUUUCAGGCUUUAUUGAGUUGCUCACCAUUAGGUCUGAGUUCAGAUUUCUAAAAUAAGAACACAUGUGAUAUGUAACUUAUCAGGUUCUUCUGCUUUGCUAAGAAAUUCAGUUACAUUUAUAAACCAUUCCAACUAUAAAGUACUUUUACAACUUUGUGGCAAAUUGUUCAAAUAUAGUUUGCUCACAUACGGUAAUGUUAGUGAUCCAUGGCCUGUCAUUGUCUGUACUUUAUGAUCUGUUCACACAGGUUCUCCAUUACCUGUGUAACAUUGAGCUGAAUGUCGCACAUGGCGAAUUGUAGUCGGAUAAUGCAACAAGGCUCUGUACAACUCAUGGAAGUCAAAUUAAGUGUCUUUUAAUAGACUGUGUGCAAACUCUUGUGAACCCUAUAAUGCAACUGACUACACUGCCAGGGUUACUAUUUCUGUUAAUGUAACCAACUGGCUCCUUGUCACAAUCAGUGUUAUCACCUCUGUUGUGUAUGGUAUGGUUGGGAGCCCCAGUGCCAACGAGAAGCUCAAGGAUAAUGUUGUUUUGUGUGUCAUGCUGUUCACAGUUUAAUUAUUAGAUGUUACUGUUUUGAGAGAAGAUGACAAGAAUGUUGUGUAUUGUGUAAUUCUCAACUAUAUAACAUGCACCAAAAUAUAGUCCCAACAAAUAUAGUGGGAGUCACAUCUGUUCCCUGUUAAUGUACACAUACACCUAAACAGAUUGAUUAAAUUGAAGAAAAAACAUUUUCUGCAUAACAUUUUGAUCAUUUGUCUAAUAAAUUCAUCUUUGUGGCUGAAAACUUUCAUUGUAUUAAAUCUAUUGCUACCAUUUGUUAGUGUUGGAGCUUGUCUGUAUAACUUUGUUGAGUGGCAAUGAUAUUUGGGUGUUUGUAACUUACAUUACAUUUCUGGUGAGCACAAGUAAAUUUCUGUGCCCACAUUAAAUUCUAACUCUGUUGUUAUCGUAUCUUCAUGUCUCCAGCCGGUUGUGUUUUCAGAGAUAUAUAUUUUGGAAAAUUGUUAAUUUUAUUUGUGCUAUAACUGUCCAGCAAUGAUUUUGUUUCUGGCUGAAAAUGCCUGUUAUUCUUGUGUUCUUGUUGUUAGGAAAACAUAUUCUGCUGAUCUCCGUGUAUAUCUGGUUGAGUUUUGUUUAGGCAAAUUAAAUUUGUUACUAUGGUUACUGAGCUACAAGUUUGUGCUUAAAGCUAAUGUGUACUAGAAGCUUAAUUAGCUGAUCACACAAAUAACAGAUUAUUUUCAAUGUCAGUGAACUAUAUUUUGUCAGAAAUGUCUCUCAAACAAUCAUGGUUUACUGUCCACCUUUUGUGCUUUAAAUAAAUACUCUUACUAUUUUUAAAAACAAAACAGAGGAUAUUAUGUGCUAUUUACAUAAAUCGUCCAACCCAAACUUGGGUAUUGUCCUCACUGGCCAUCCAUUAUAUAUGCAGAUAUCCUGUGUAUAUUUAAAUUGUGGUUUUUGAUGAUAUAGGACAUUUAGCAUCCAGUAUAUGUGUUAUACUAUCUUGUGUGAUUUGUCCUUACAGUUUCUGCAAGUCAGUAUGUGCUACAGAUAUGCACAAAGCUUGUCAUGUUGCUGUGUUUGUAUGCGUUAAAAGAUCUAUCACAUAUUCUUGGAUGGGGGAUAGUGGGAGGCAAAUCUGAUUUAAUAUCUCCCCUGUUUUACAUGGCAGUUCUUGUCUUCUGAUAAAAGUGUGAUAUAACUGAAUUAUUCAAUAGGUCAAUGACAUUGCUAUAGUGACAUAUAUCAGUAUGUCAUAAAUGGUUGCUAAUGGUUUUCUAACUUUUUGGUGUGGGUCAUGAUGAAUAUACCAGGUAUUGUAACAGUCAGUCUCUGAUAUGCAUACAUAUUUGUAUGGAAACAAAAAGUGAGAGAUAAGAACAUUUUCCAUAGCAAUAAUUGUUCUGGUUCUAAUAUAAUACAAAUCCUAUUUAUUGACUAUUUCAUAAGUGCUCUUACUAUGACUUGCCCAAUCAUAAUUCAGUAUUUGAUGUUUUAAAGGUGUGUAACUAUUUCAUCAGUUUUAUUUAUUGUCAUUUGUAGCUGCUUGUUUGAAAGCUCCCUGCUUCCCUGUCUUCGUAGUGUUGUAGACUCGGGCAUAUUCUCCAUGGAUGGGUCAAGAACUUGAGUUAAGCUGUUGAGCUUGUUGGUUUAUUUAAUCCAGUGUGUCAGGUAGUUUCAGGCAGGUUUGAAAAUUGUAUUCACAAGCACCUGCUGCAUGACUUCCCAUUAAACAGGACAUAUACUACUCAAAGAAAGAUAAGGACCACCCUGCUGCGACAGAUUAACUAUCGUAAUAUGAAAAAAAUCAGGUGGUCCUUGACAUCUUUGAUUGUCUCCAUCUUGAAUUUAAUUCAUUUAAAAAAAAUUCCAUCUCUCAGAAAUGUAAUUGCUGCUCCAUAGAGGUGUAUUUUAUAUUAAGUGAUAUUAAUCUUUGCAUUGCUUUGCUGGAAGUCAGGGAGUUUUCAGUGUAGUAUAUUUAGCCAGUGUAUCUGUUAUUGCUAGUACAUUUCAUCAGUUGGUUAUCAGUGCUUUCAGUGUUUGGAAUAAGUGCUUUACAGGCAUGCAACAGAUUUGUGUAUUUUGUAUAGAUUGCUUUGGGACAGAGUUCAAUAUUUUGUGUAUUUUUAGUUUGAGUUAAUUUUUAAAUGUAGGCUGUCAUGUGUUAUAUUUACAGACGUUUACUCCAUUGUACAAAAUUUCUACAUAUAUGUUUACAUUUCAUUCAUGAAAUAGACAAGUACUAUCAAUGUUUUUGCAUGUGUAUCUUAUGUUGACUUUGAUAAAACGGAGAAAAAAUGCUUAAUUGUCUUGGUUCUCAGGUGAUGUCAUACAAUGUAUCAACUCAAGAAACAGCCCAUUUAUUAAAGGGUGGAUAGAGUGUUAAUUUGUCGCACUGAAGCUACAGCUUGGUAUUUGCUGAAAUAUGUGUCUAAGAUGCUUAAACACACUACAAGAGUAUUUUUUAUUGAAAUCACAAAAAUGGUUAACUGUAUUUCCAGGGAUCAUGUGAAUUCAGUAAAACAAGUAAGAAACAUACACUGGGAAAAAAAAGUAGAUUAAAGACUGACACAUUACUUAAGAUUAGUUGAAAGUAGUUUCAAAGCAAUUAGGUUAAUUUGUUGUAAGGAAUCAAUUCUGAGCUAUCACUAUAAUAUGGCAGCCAUGUUUCCUAAAGCAGCACGAGGCAGCUUGCAUUGCAUGAGAACCAGUUAAUUUUAAACAUUUUUUCUUUUUCAAUGCAUAUGUCAACAAAUAAGUUGAUACCUAUGUCUUGUUUCCUUUGAAUAAUUAAUAAUUUGCCUGAUUCUAUGUAGAUGUUCCAUGAAUAACAAGUGAAACUCUGUUUUCAAUAUGAUGCCCUAUAUUGUUUUGCAGUACUAGUAAUACCAAGAGCAGCUUAUUGGUUUGGACCGUUCCUUAGAUUAGAUACUUCUCACAUGCAAGCUUUCGAUACACCAAGACAUUAUUUCAAUCAUUACACCAUUACAGUAUAUUUCGAGACAGUUUAGUUGAAGCCAUUUCUUUCGCGACUGCCCAUUAUAACAGCACUGUAAAGCCAACUUUUGAGAAUUGGCCAUUUUGUCUGAAAACAAUUGAAUCGACCUUCGGAUGAGGGUCUGGGGCUGCACAGCAUAGAUAUAUCAUUACUCUCUCCAGCAGAAGAAGACCAUUGUUAGAAGGUUAUUAUCUUGUAGAACCAGUAUGUCCGGUUUUGGUUAGUGGUUGUGUAGCAAAUCUAUUCCUGUUGUAGAGUAGGCAGUAGGCACACCUUGUUUCCCGAAUAGACUGAUCCAGAUGAUCCGAAGUUGGCUUGCCAGUACGUCUGCUGCAGCAAAAUGGGCUUUGGCUUGAGAUUUAUUUGAAGUAAAGCCAGCUCAAGACACUGUUGAUCUACCUUGAUAAGAAAUACUUGCUUCAUGGGCAAUAAAUAACUUGUGAAUGGUG